CGUUAAUGUGCUAAUUCGUAAUGUGCCGUCGUUAACAAUGAAGACGUUAUUCAUUCGUGAUUGUGAUGUGAAGGAAAGAAGCAAUGUCAUACGAAAUCAAAUGUGGCAGAUUUAGAUGAUAUUCUAGUGAAUGCUCAUUUAUCGUAACUAUUUGAAAACCAUGAUUCAGUAUCACUGGUGGAUAUUCUAGCUUGAAAAUAUAUGGACGUUUCUUUUUUGAAGAUUAAAAAUAGAUGAAAAGCGAGAAGAUACUUUAAGUCAAAUCUCCUUUUGGACCAGUUCAUUUCUAUUUUUGGGGGAAGUCGUGCGUGUGUUUUUUUAUGCAAACAUGUAUAUAUUUUAUUAUUUUUUUGGUGUUAGAUUAUGUUAAACUGUAUUAGUCACUGUCUAUUACUAACGAUGAAGAUUCUUAUAAGUUAAAAAGUGAAUAACGAAGAAAGUGAUUCAAAGUUAAUAAAUUUUCAACUCAGCAACUGUUCUAUUUUUAAACAAUCUGCAUAUGUAACACUUUCGAGAAUUAUGUGUGUCAGUGGCUUCCAGAAUACGGGUGCACAACGUAACGAACGGCGCUACGAUGUCUAUAUUUAACGCGAAAAUUACUCACGUCUAUUUUUUGAAAAAAAUGUUCCACUUUUACGUUAUAGCAAGGACGUAAUCGACUGCAACCGAAGAAAUUAAAAUCGAAUAAACAAAGUGAUCUCCCACACAGCAGCAGCAGCAUCAGCAAUGUCCGAUCCACCGAACGUCAAUAAUAACAUGCCGGCCGGCAGUGGACGCGGUUGGUUUCGCACACCUCCUCCUACCUAUUUUCGUUCACCAUCUCCUUGGGUGCCGCCGGGGACUCCUCAUGUCGUGCAACAAAUAUCAACUGUAUCAUCCGCUAACGAUAGACAAAUGGCUGCGCAUUUCAGUCAGCAGCCUAUGCCUACAAUGGCGUCACAAAUUUCUCGAAAUGAAACCGCAAUAUCCUACGAAAUGCGACACCAAAAAACGAGUAAUAUCCCUGCAGACCGAUCCGAACUAGAACAUAAAGUUUAUGCAUUCGAGAAUCCGUAUAAUAGACCGGUUUCAAGUACACCUCAACCGCACUUGGCAAACUUUCAAUACGGCCACGCAUAUCAAAGAUCAAUGUCACCGGCCGUCUACAAUACGGUACCUCAGGUUGAACGAAUACAUAUGAUGCAAAUUCCGGAUUAUUCCUACCAGCCAGCACGAGAAACAACGAUACCGCAAGCCGGUGAGCUAAUCCAGCCAAUUGCGUUUGCAACGAGCAGCGGUUCACACGGUGCAGCAUCAGCAUCUGCAAAUUUGAACGAAUUCAGUAAGCCGUCUCAAUACGUCAUAUACGAUACCAGUGAUGAUGGUCCGUCAACUGCUGACAUCAUUGCCAAGCAAUCGCAAGAUUACAUCGAUGAGAAAUUGGCCGAAUAUCAAGCGACGAUUUUCCUGCUGCAAGAUGAACAAGAACGGGUACAGAAGAAAACAUUCGUAAACUGGAUCAAUUCCUUUCUGUGUAAGCGCAAUCCACCAUUAAGUAUCAACGAUAUAAUACAGGAUUUAAAAGAUGGAACAAAACUAUUGGCCUUACUGGAAGUACUUUCCGGAGAACGCUUGCCCACGGAAAAGGGAAAAGUACUGCGAAGACCACACUAUCUGAGUAACAUAAAUACAGCUUUGCAAUUCUUAACCAAUAAAAGAAUUAAGCUUGUUAACAUCAAUCCAUCCGACAUCGUCGACGGACGGCCAGCUGUGGUAUUAGGCUUAAUUUGGACAAUAAUUCUGUACUUCCAAAUAGAGGAAAAUAGUCGAAUUUUACACUAUCUGAAUGAGAAUCUUAGCGGAUCGGUAAGCAGUCUGGAUAGCGGUUCGGUAUCGCAUAUUCCAAGCCCUAGUAAACCGUUUAUCCACGCGGUGCCUUCAACUAUUCCACAGCAGGAUGUGAUGAAGCAAGGGCCUAAGAAAACUUUGCUCAGCUGGGUGAACAACGCUUUGCCAAAACAAUCGGGAUUGGAAGUUCGUGAUUUUGGUGCCAGCUGGCGUGAUGGAUUCGCAUUCCUGUCUUUAAUCGAUGCAAUUAAAACAAAUUUGAUAAACAUUGCAGAAAUGAAAAAAUUCAAUAACCGCCAUCGUUUGGAUACUGCUUUCAAUGUUGCGGAAUCAGAAUUGGGCAUUGCAAGAUUAUUGGAUGCUGAAGAUGUGGAUGUGACUUGUCCCGACGAAAAAUGUAUCAUGACUUACGUUGCACAGUUUUUGCAUAAAUAUCCUGAUGUUAAGAAUAUCAAUUCCAAAAGCGAUAGCGAACAAGAGUUAUUGUACUUACUCGACUGGCUGAGAGAUAAAGUACGAUACUAUGACACCCUUAAUGGAAACUACCCACUUUCAUAUGACAAAUACGAGAGUUCUCUCCUGGAGAAAACAGAAAAAUGGAAUACAUAUAAGAAAUUCAAAAACAUUUAUGCCUCCAAAAGUGUGUUCGAAAUUCAGGAGUUAAGCAACUUGUGGGCACAGUUGGAAAAUCAUAUGCAACUUUGGCUGUGGUAUUUGGACUGCCAUAUUCCAGGACAAAUUGGUGUCAUAGGAUUGUGGUUAAGCAAUGGAGAAAAACUUCUGAACGACGAUGAUAUUCCAAGCUGUAUGAAUGAAGAAACUGCCUCUCUAAUAAGCAAAAAACUUGAGGCACAUAAACAAUUUUUCGUAUCGUAUCCUGAAGUACUGGAAACAUUCAAUGAUUUAAAGCAACGGAACGAAGCCAAGGCAGUCCCAAUCAAUCAAAUAAAAUUCCUCGAAAAAAGGUUGUUGGAAAUUGAGCCAAGAGCGAAACAUAGAAGGAUACGAUUAAAGUUCCUGGAACAUAAAUGUUGCCUGAUAGCUUUCCUAAACUUAUUGGAGACAAAGAUAAACGGAGUGAAAUACGACAAUGAGGAGGUUGUCAAGCAGUCUUUGGAUCAGCUGAAAAACUUUGUAACUAAGAAUCAAAUUUUGCAAGAAUUUGAAAAGGCUCUUGACGAUAUGCGGCAAGUGAUAGAAGAAUAUAAAAUAGAUGGAAACAUAUCGAAAAAGGAAGGGUAUCACAUCGAUACUUUCCUGGCAGACAUUGAGGGUCGGUGGAAAAACGUGUCGUCUCGGUUAAUCUGCACAGAAACCAUGCUGGAAGAUGUGCUCGUACAUUGGCAAAAAUGGCGUGUUUUGACCAAUGAAUUAGAAAACUGGAUCAAAGAAGCACAGAAUGCAUUGCAGAUGACGGAAGAUGAGCAGAUAUAUUUCUUCCAAAACUUGAGCAAAUUCAAAGCGAAACAAGAUUUAUUAACAGAUACGUACAAUGUUUUGAAGUCAACAUGUGAUUAUGACACUGCAAUCGUAAUUGAACAUCGAUACCGCCAAAUCAUGAUCCAGUGGGAGCAAGUUUUCAAAAAAUCUAAGCAGUACAUGCAUGUUGGUGAUAUACUUCAACACAGACAGAAAUUUAAAACCGACGCUGCUCGAUUAAGUGAUUGGAUUGCGAAGGCAAACGAAACCCUAUCGAGAACUAACAUGAAAAACUCAAAAGAAAUUAUUAAGUGUGAACACGAUAUUAAACAAAUUGCAUGUGAAAUUGAGUCCAUGGAAGAACUUUUUAAAUCGAUCAGUAGAAGUUUUCAGGCGCUGAUAAAAGAAUACUCGAGAGAUGAAGUUGACAAGAUGAUGCACCUGAUGAAAAAAGAGAAAGAAGCUCUCGUAUGCAUUAGGGCACAAAUUCCAAUCAAAUUACAUCUAUUUCAUCAAAUUUUGACACAACAAGAAGCACUAGAAUCCGGUCAGAAGGAAAUUUCCAGCUGGUUAGAUGAGGCGGAGAGCCUCCUUAUAUCGUAUGCAUUCACUAACGACCCCGAGCAAACGAAUAAUAAUAUUAUGAAGCACAAAUCCUUCUUUAGUCGUACUCUGUAUUACAAAUCAAUGCUGGAAAGUAAAAAUAACGUUUACCAAAACCUUUUCAAGCUAUCCAACACAGAUAAGAGUGUUGAUUUCAGUGAUACAUCUGCUAUAAUGAAGCAGCUGAAUGAACGCUUUAGCUACGUAAUAAACAACGCGAAUGAUUGGGAGUACAAACUACAGGAAAACAAAAAAAUAUGGGAAAACUUCAACGCUUCAUUAGGCAAGGUAGAAAGUUUCAUAAGGCAAGCAGAUCUUUGGCAAAAUGCUUCUAUUGCAAUAGAGAAAAAAAGUGAGAUAGAGAAUCAGCUGGAUUUCUUCCGGAAUGUAGAUCAAUCUAUGAUUGCUAAACUUGAAACGCACACCGAAGAACUUCUCAAGUUUCUACCACCUCAAGAGCAGAUAGCGGUAAUUACAAAAGUGGAAACAAUUCAAAAGCAAUGGAGUGAUAUUAUAUCCAAGAUACCUUGCCAUAUACUGAAGCUGGAAUUCAAAACAAAUGAGAUCACAUUCAAUAAUUGUAUUCAUGAAAUUGAAAAAGAGCUAAAUGCUGAGGAACAAGCUUUCAAUCACAACGCAAAUUAUGAAACCAUUCUACAACGCAAUGCAAACUUUUUCCAAGCAAAUGAUUUACAAAAAGUGGAGAAAUUGCUGGCUACUCUAGAGCGAACGAAUUGUGUGUACGGGGAACAAUUCCCCAACGAUAUGGUUCUGUUCCAUCCGUAUCAAAGAGCCAACGAUAAAUGGAUUGCGGUAUGCAAACGGGUUGAAAAUGUAAAAAGUAUUCUGUACAAAAUUCCCGCCCAAUGGGAAGCCUAUCGGGAUAAGUUCAUCCAAAUGACCAACUGGAUGGAUUCGGUAGAUAAAGCAUUGAAAAAAAUCAUCGUCGAGAAAGAUUCCACGCAGCAGUUCGAAGCUGAAAAAGCGGAAUUCCAGCGAAUCUGCUUCGAAGCUGAAUCCAGAAAAGAAGACAUGAAAUGGCUAGUAAAAACCUUGGACUAUUUACUGAACCACACAAAUGAGGAGCAAGUUGGCGUGGAACAGGAGAAAAUCGAAAAGUUGAUAGCACGCUAUAAAACUCUCAUCCCGUGCAUAGAAUCAACCAUGAUCAACGUGGAAACGUUCGCCAAGUGCUACACCUAUCGCAGCGAAACACGGGAAGUGUGCGACCUGCUGAACAAAAUCAGGACGCAGAAUCAAAACCUACCCUGUCCGGACAAUUUCCGCAAAGUUAAUGACAUGAUUGAAGAGCAAAACUUUUCCAUCAAAGAAUUGGAUAAUCAGAGAGCGCAUAUAAUGAACAUCAUACAACGCGGGAGAGAUUUGGGGAAGAAUGUGAAUUCGCCCAAUUUUAUCGCUCAAGAAGUGGAAAAUUUGGAACGUUGCUGGAACGAAACGUACAGUGAAACAGCUAACAAGAUCAAAUCGUUGAUGGAGGUUAAAAAAGUGUGGAAUACUUAUAACGAACAGAGAGGGCAAAUUGUUGAUUUGUUGAAGAGUGCAGAAAUUGAGCUGCGCUCAAUUACACCGCUGCAAACGAAUCCUAGAAAUGUGACGGAAGAUUUGGAUACGAAAAAGCAUCUGGUAGCGAAUCUUCGACAGGCUUUGGAGAAAUCAUGCUUGGCAUUGAACGAUUUGUGUCGUGAGUUAGGGCAACACAUUUCGGUUAGUUCUAAACCGAUUAUCGAAAAAGAAACGAGUGAUCUGGAGAAACGAGUCGCCAGUGCGGCAAAUCAGGUUGAGAGGAGAAUAGAAUAUUUAGAAGACUAUAAUAAUAAGUGGAAUGAGUAUAAAACGCGCUUGGAUAGUCUGAAGAGUUGGGCCAAUUAUGUGUACCCGAAAAUGGUGGCGGCGAUCAAGCAGCCUCACAUUUCCCCGGAGGAUCGCGUUGUUAAAACAAUGCAGCUGGAGAAUGUGAUGGCGGAGAAAAUGAAGAUACUGGAUAUAUUGAAUGCUAGUACUUCGGAUCUGGCUUCGAAGGAGGGUAACCUUGACGAGAUGAAGCGGCUGAAAAGUGAAGUUGUUCAACUGUGUGGAACUUUUAGUAAUUUGAAUCAUGUUGUCAUCACUGAAAAGGCUCAGGUUCAUAAGGAUUUGGCGAACUGGAAAGAUAUUGGUCAAGCUUUCGAAAGCAUUAAAAUGUGGACGGAACAGGCGGAAAAGACGCCCGAUUUGGAGCAUAGUAAAAUAGGAUCUUUACCUGAGGCGAAACAAUUGAAAGCAAAUCUGGACUCGCUUAAUGAGCAAUGUAAAUCUAAAAUAGGCGAACUGAAAAAUAUAGCCAGUAAAUGUAAUGAUAUUCGGUAUGGAAAUAGACCAACCGAGGAGAUUGAUGGAUGUUUUGUAAGGCUCACCGAUUUGAAUGAGAACUCGCAACAUAUGAGUGGUAAAUUGGAUAAAUUGGUAGCGAAUUGGUCCGUUCUUAAUGACGAAUUGAAAAAACAAGAAGCGUACGUAAUUGCGUCGCAGGAGAAACUUCAAGCUAGCUUGAGUGAGUCACUGAGUGAAUUACCAAUCGAUAAACUGGAGGAGAAGAUUAAAAUGUUGAAGUUGCAUAAUAAUGAGGUUUCAGAACAGCAAGCUAAGCUUAUAACGCUUGUGCAUCUUUUUGAUCAGUUGAGUUGUAAUUUGGCGAAUGAAAGUAUUGUUGCUCUUAGAGAUAGAUUGAAUAAACCGAAAGAGGAUUUGGCGAAAAUAAAUGAAGGUUUGCGUGAUUUGAUCAACAAUUGCUAUGAGAAAAUUGUUGUGCAGCAAAAUUUCAAUGCCUUAAUGAAUGAUUUCAGCGAUUGGAUGGAUCAGAUGCGAGUUGGUUUGGCAGAGUUGGAAGAAACGGUUAUUGAUGAAAUAGAUUUAGCUCUUCAAAAUGUGCAGUAUUUACAGCAACAACAUGCAAACAAACAGGAUGUUUUUGAUCAAAUUUACACACAUGUGAAGCAGCAUAGUCUGUCAGAGCCAGGAAAGGAUAAUUCGGUGUUGAAUGAAACAUACUCGUCGUUGGCGAGUAAUUAUCAAAAUCUGGAGGCGAGCUUGGAAAAGUUGAAAAAUGUUUUACGGGGGUGGUCUGAAUUUUCACACUGGGCUAAAAAUACCAAAGAUGAACUGCAUGAUUUGGAAGAAAGUGUUACUUCGGAUAUUCAACCAAGGGAGCAGGAUUUGGGCAAGGUUGGAGAAAAGUUGGCCAAUAUUAAAUUGGGUAUCGCAAAAUGGAGGAAGGAUAUUAUUGGUUUGGAGCAUCAACCGUGUAUUAAAGUGUGUGACCAAUUGAAUAGACCUGUCAACGCCGUUGCUGUCAUCGUUGACUUGGAAAAUAAAUUAUCCAGCAUCCAAUCUCACAUUGAUGCCAAGGAGAAAGAGGUACAGGAUGCAAACAUUAGGGCUGAAAGAUUUAAAGACUUGUAUCAAGACAUGAUUGAUGAUUUGAACAUAACCUCUAACUCUUUGCAAAAUGUUCCCAAAAAAGCUCGAUUAGGUAACCUCGAAGAAUGUUUAAAAGAGUUGGAUGAAAUUAGGAAACAACUUGAUCAAGUCUGCUCAGUUAAAGCGAAGAUGCAAAAUGAAGCUGACCUGUUGUUAAAGCAGAAUGUUGGUCCUGCGAAAAAUAUCCAAGAGUGUUUCCCAACGCUAGAAAAGAAUAUCACCAAAGUUCGAAAUAAAGUGGAUGAAAUGUUCUAUGAUUUAACAAGUAUCCUAGAGCUGUAUAACGAUUUUAAUCGCUGUAAUUCAGGAUUUAAAAAUGAGCUUAAAAAUAUAAUCAAAAUUAAUGCUUCAACCGCUCUGACGUUCAACGACAAACCAACGUUGGUUGAAAGCUUGGAAAAGCUUAAAAAUUCAUCAGUUAUAAUGAAAAAUCUUAAGAAAAAGGGUGAUUUGAUAGCAAACACAGGAAACGAAAUCGUUAAAAAGUUCCAAAAUUACAACACCGAGGACUGCGAAACGAUUCAAAAAAUCAUCGCACAAAACAAUGAGGAUCUAAAAGUCAAUCUGCAAACACUAAUCGAUGGCAGCAACUUAUUGGAUCAACGGUUGUCACUUUACACCGAAAUCGAAAACCUUUUUCAUAAUAUUAUAACCGGAUUGGAUAAGAUCCAAACUCAGUUGAGUCGAUUCCCGGAAAAUCCUACCGAAAUGGAACACAGAAUAUCGACUGUUAAGCUGGAAUUGCCAAACUAUCUUGCAUUGAAGCAGAACUUUGAUAGUCUUGUAACCAACUUCGAACAGUCGAAUAACAAUGUGCUACCGAAAGACAUCGCCGAAAUGGAGGAAAAAAUGAAUGCUUUGUUUGCUCAAGUGAACCAUGACGUGCGUGAACUUUCCGAUAAAGUGUCAGAAUAUUCGACACAAGAACGAAGUGUGAAGGAUCAGAUACGAAUUAUCAUAGAUAAUCUUUACAGUAUUCGGGAAGAAAUAAUCAAAAAUGACGACAGCAGUUUGGAUAGUGUUAAACAGCUGCAGGCUCUGGAUAAUUUGAAGAAGAUUAGGCAGAAACUUAAUCUGCUGGGGGUGCAACUAACGGAGCUUAAAAAUGAUUUCGUCGGUAUUGAAACGAAAUUCAACACGAUUAAAGAGAACACCAUCGGUAAGGAAAUCAAAAACUUGGAGCAACGGUUUGGCUGUACGAUGAAUAGUUUGAAUGAAGUGGAGAACAAGCUCAGUAAACUUGUUGAACAUUCGUUCAAAGAUAAACUGACAUCGUUCGGUAGGAUUGUAGCUUCUCACACGGAAAAGAUUAAAUGGUGCCAUCCGGAGUCCGGUAGUGACAGGCACAAUUUGGAGAGUAAAAAAGCUACCUUGAAGGAUGUUAAGGAGUUUAUUGCUGCUAAUGAAGGGGCGAUUGAUGGAAUUUCUAACGUACUUCAAUCGAUUGCUGCUUUGUUUAAUCCUGCUAAAGUCACAGCUUUAAAUGAGUUGAAAUGUGAAACCGAACAUGAAUUCGAGCAGCUUAAAGUUUCCUGUAGUGAAAUAGAAAAGGACUUAGAUGAAAAUAUCAAUCUAUGGCAACAGUAUGAAGAGACAUCCGGGGAAAUCAUACAAUGUCUCAAAAAUUUGGAACAGAAGCAUAAAUUGGAGACAAUACUGCUGAUUGAUUUGAAUAGUUUAAACGAUAAAAUUAAAGAAAUUGACAGCUCCUACGAUAGUUUGAAGGAAUACGAACCUAAGUUGAAAUUGUUACAGAAUAUUGCCAAUUCGAUAAACCAAUUGAAUCCAGACUCAAGGGUCCUAAUGUUGGUGCAACAUUUGCUGGCAAGAUUUAACACGUUCGAAAAAUAUUUCUCCAAUAUGUUGGAUCGGCUUCAUGACAUUCAAUCUAAAAAUAAUAAAUUUCAUCAGGAACUUGAUAAAGCUCGUGAUUGGAUUAAAUCUAUGGAGCAGCAAAAAACUUCACCGGAAAAAACGUACGACGAAUUAACUGCACGACGUGCGAAUAUUAUGGGCCAGGAAUCUUCGAUUAACGAAACUUGCGCCAUAGGCGAAAGCUUGUACGCGGAGAUAAGCCCCGAAAGUCGUGACGAAAUUCGUGAAGAUAUACUAUCGUUGAGAAAUGCCUUCAACUCGCUGGUUGAUGAGUGCAACGUUGCAAUCAAGUGUCGGGAAAAUGAUAUUAUGAACAAAAAGUCCAUCGAUGAAAGUUUCAUUCAAAUUUUCAAAUGGCUCGCGGAUCUACAGAAUAAGCUGUCAAAACGACCAGCCCUUUAUACAACUUUACAAGACAAAAAGGCUGCGCUUUCAAAUUAUAAUACUAUGCUGAAGGAUGCCAAAUGUCACGAAACUAGUUUCGACCAGUUGCAGCAUAAGCUGGCAUCACUGGCAAGCGUAGAUUUCACUGCCAAAAUAGCCGAAGCUCGAGAGAAAUUUGCACUAAUCUACAAAGACUUAUCAAGCACUAUAACUUUGUUGGAAGAUUACGUGAAUCAACAUACGAACUUCGAUAAUUUACUGGUGAAAUCCAGGAACUGGUUGUUUAGGCUACAGUCUCAAUACAAUGAAUUACUCAGCGAUCACGAACCAAAUAAAGUUAAAAUGGAGGAAAAUUUAAUGGUCCUCGAAAGUAUAAUUUCCGAAGAGGCACCUGUGUUUGACAAUUUAAACGAAUGCUUCAACCAAUUCACUUUGGUUAUGGGUCAAACGCACGAAAAUGGACAUUCGGUACUUUUGAAGGCAUUCGAAAGUAACAAACAAGAUUGGAAGCAGUUCUUCGAAACAUGCAAAAUAAGUCAGCAGAAACAAAAAGCGACGCUUGGUUUGUUGGCGAACGCAGCCGAAAAGUUGGACAGAAGUCUAGCUAAAAUGGCUGCGAUUAGAGAGAAAAUCAAAGAACAAUCGUCAAAAGUUCCUUCAUCUGCCAACCAGGACUGCACUAAUGAAUUAGUCAAGGUUAACAAUGAAAUUGUUAACUAUGGAGCGGAUAUUCGUAAUCUGAUUGAAGAAUGUCAACCUAUUAAGUCGAACAAUGAGAUCGCGAAUAAAAUCACGCAAGUUCAGAAUGAAUACAAUUCUCUCGCGAGCUUCUGCUCGGAAUCGCUAGAAAGAGCGAAGGCGGCUGUCAACGAACACUCUGAUUUCAAUCUAAGCUACGAUGAAAUUAUCAACACUCUAAACAAAAACAUAGCGUCACUGCAGGAACACAAGCAGCUGGUGGGUGAUUUGAGUGUACUACAAAAUCGUCAGCUGCAGUUGAAAGAAAUAGCCUACAAAAGGUUAGAUUACAGUAACGUGGUAGAGAAUGUCAUUAUUAAGGGCGAAAAAUUGUGCACUCAAAUUUCCUCCGACGGACGGGAAGCUAUACGGAACAAGCAAGCGGAACUUCGAAAACUGUGGGACCGUUUCACAGAUGAGUUGGAGAUGGUAACCCAACAGGUUGACCUCUGUAUACUUCAGUUCGGAGAAUUCAGUGCCCAACAAGAGCAGCUUUCCAAGUGGUUGAAAGAUAUUGAACAUUCGAUGAAAGUUAAUGCAGAGUUAAAAUCGAACGUUCAGGAGAAACGCACCCAAUACCAGAAUCAUAAAUUGAUCCACCAGGAAGUCCUCUCUCAAACCGGUUUGUUAGAGUCGGUUUGUAGCAAAGCCCAGCAGUUGUUGGUUCUAAUUCAAGACCAACACUUGCAAACAUAUUUAGUGUCAAUAAAAGAUACGUUCAAAAACAUCGUUCAGAAAUCAAAUGAACUCUUAAAUCACUUAGAUAACAGUGUUAACACACACACAAACUUUGAAGUUUUGAGCUUAAAACUAAAGAAAUGGAUCACCGAAGAACACGCCAAAGCUUUGCUUUGUGAAGAUGGCGGCGGUGAAAAGAGCGAAAUCUCCAAACGCAUAGAAACCCUCAAAGGCUUGAAGGCGGCAAGGCCGCGAGGAGAAGAAAUGAUCGCUCAGCUUUUAAAAUUACACGAAAUCAACAAAACAAGCACGGCACCACCUGGAAUCACUGCACUGGAAGAUGAAAUAAAAAAAAUGCGAGAUGAAUUCGACAGUCUAUACAGAGAAAUCGACGCGCAAAUUGAGAGUCAAGCUAAUUUACUCUCAACGUGGGCGCAAUUCGACAAAGAGCUCGAUCUGCUCACAAAAUGGUGCCGCUCGAUGGAGGCUAUCUUCCGAGAGCAGCAGCUGUUCGAUUCGUUGGAAACGAAGCGAAAUCAUCUGCAGAUUUACAAAAAUAAUCUCGCUUUGGUGGUUGAAAAGCGAAAAAGUAUCGAUGAUUUCGCUACCAGUGCUCAGGCGUUGUUUAGUCUAACGGGAGUCGAAAAAAUUAAGUUGUAUAUCAAUCAACUGAUCAAUCGCUAUCAACUGUUGCAAGUUUUGAGCAAGGAAGUUACCAAGAGGAAUGAAAAUAUUGUAGCCGAUCACGUUGCUUAUGAGGAAAAAUUGUUGGCUUGCAACACUGCUAUUGACGCCAUCAAAGCAGAGAUCGAAGCGACUUCAAUAGAAAACGUACCAUCACAAAUUGGUCCUUUGUUGCAGAAGUUCGACUUCGAGAAGGAUAGAAUUGAAAACAGCCUCGUAAGUCUGGUAGCAAUACAUGAAAAGGUUUUACCCGAGACGAAUGCUCAAGGACGCGAGAAGCUACGGGAGGAUGUUAAAAAUAUUAAAGAACGCUGGAGUCGCGUGCUAGCGGAUAUCAUCAACUGGAAAAAGCAGUGCGAUGUAAGAACUGUUCAGUGGUCUUCGUAUCAGGAUAUCCUCCAGCAGCUGCUGGCUUGGUUGAAUGCUACUGAAAACAAGAUCGACGCGAACGAAUCGCAAAGCUGGACAUCGACUCAGGAAAUUCGAUCGAAACUGUUCAAGUAUAAAGCUUUGCUGCAGGAAAUUACGAGCCAAAAGCGUAUGAUCGAUUCUCUUAACGAAAAAGCGAUUCAAGUUUCCGCUAAUAAGAAUAGUGAAGUCCCAGCGGAGAUUCAAUCCGUUAAUGCUCGGUAUGAAAUGUUGAAAAAAUCUACUACGGACACUAUUGGUAGAUUGGAACGGGCGUUAGCAGUUUGUGCUAAGUUUAAUGAACUCAACAAAGCGCAUCUCGAUGAGCAGGAAAUUUUGCUGUCAGAUUUGAAACAGCUAUCGGAUGUUACCGGUAGUAAAAAGAUGAUAAAAGAUAAAAUUCAAAGAGUCCGCGAGCUUCAAAGCUUAGUUCCAAAAAGGAAGGAAAAGUUGGAUAAUUUGGAACAAAUCAUCAACGAAAAUAGAGACUUUAUUUCACCUGGAGUAAUUAAUAAUAUGGAGCAAGAUUUACUGAAAAUUCGUACCGAAUUUGAUAAAUUUAACACGUCUAUUGAAGAUGCCUUAAAAUUGCUAGAAAAAAGACUCACUCUCUGGGACAACUAUCAACAACAGUUGGACCACAUAAACAACGCUUUGGUUGAGAUAGAAGAAUCUAUGCAAAACUAUUGUUUGAAAAAUAGUUUACCGGAGAAACAGCAGCAGCACGAAUUGUACCAGGAGCUGUGCGGAAGAAUGAAACAAAUCAAUCAUUUGUUCGAUAACCUGCUCGAUAAGUCCACAGAACUGCUGCACAGCAGUAAUGAUGCGAAAAUUACCUCCAACAUGCAGCAAAUGAAAACGAAAAUGCAAACCACGGAAAACACGGUGAAAGAGAUCGCCAAACUGUGCGAUCAAGCUUACCAGGAACAUAAAGCGUUCAAGGUGAAAUAUGACGAAUGUGAUCAAGCGCUCAAUCAAAUUAAAGAUUCCUACGAUGAAAGUAUAAUGAAUUGUUCGGACAUUUCAAACGUUAUGGUAACGAUAGGGGAGCUAAUUUCGAAGCAGAAUCUGAUGGGUGUACAAUGCAGCAGGGUUUCCGAUAUGGGAGAUAUGCUGUAUUCUACGACGGCUUCGGAAGGUCAGCAAGAAAUUAGAUCGGAAAUUCAAAAUCUACAACAAAAAAUCGAUCGGAUCUUCGAUGAAAUUGAUACGUACUUCAAAUCGUGUGAAACACGACUAUCGCGGCUCACCGUUUUCAACGACAAACUGGAACAAAGCAAGAACUGGUUGAGUAACUUGAAGGAAAAUCUCUUACCGAAAAUAAUUUUGAAACCUACCCUGGACGAAAAAAUCGCUCAACAUCAAGCUUAUAUCGACAUAGCUAAUGAGCUGAAAAAUUACAAACCAGAGGUUGAUAGUUUGAAGGAUUUGGCUAACAGCAUGCAGAGUGGAACAGAUGAUGUUGUGUCAAACUUGAAUCAGUUUAGUACCGACUUCACCGAGUGCGUCGAAAGGUGCCAAAGUUUUGUGGAAGCCUACGAGAAAAUAGUCAGCAAUCACCGACACUACUGUAAGGCGGUGAUGGACACGUCAGACUUCAUCGAUGUGAAUCACAACACAAUCGAACUCUGGGGUGAUACGGAUCUUGAUCAGGUUUCCCUCAUUACCAAUCUAGAUCGAAUAAUCGAUUUGAAAAAGACUAUACUAGAAGAAACAAACAGAAUCGAACUGCUCCGCGAUUUAGGCAACAUAACAAUGCCGGACACAAGCGACGACGGUCAAGUGAACAUUCGAUCGCAGAUCGAUGUUUCGCAACAAGAGUGGGAAGGGUUGCUAGUUACGAUGGAUUCGACAAUCGAAAAAAUUCAGUCUAAAAUUGCUGAGUGGAAUGAGUAUGAAAGUAUGCGAACGAAUUGCAUCGAAUGGAUGCGAUCUAUCGACUCGAGCAUUCACUCGAUUGAUCUAAAAGCAACGCUAGACGAGAAGAAAGCUACUCUAGACUACCUAAAAACUCUUCAGGGUGAGGUGAAAGCAAAAGAACUGGAAAUUGAUUCCUUCACCGAUAAAGGUCAACAACUUUAUGUAGGUUAUUUAACCAGCCGAAACUCUCAGGUGUCGGAAUUAGCCAUAAAGUACCAGCAGACAUCGAGUCGAGUAAAGGAACUAACGAGUCGCUGGCAACAAUAUGUGAUCGAUCAUCAAGAACUGUCAUCUCAGAUUGAGAACCACAGACAAUGGCUGAAUGAAAUCAAAGAGAAAAUAAACUAUUGCUCCGAUACUACAGCAACUACCGAAAAAGAGCUGCAAAGCAAGAUCAAAAUUAUUCAAGAUUUGUUAAUCAAUAAAGAUGAGGGAACUGCUCGAAUGCAGACGAUCAUUGAUUUGUCUCAACAAGUACUCGCCUGUACAAUACCAACCGGACAUGACGAAAUAAAUCGUGCCAUAUGUAGCCUUCAAGAUGAAUGGUCCACAAUUAGCCUGAGAAUGAUCGACGUCAAAUCAUUCCUGGAUGAAGCUCUCAAUCAGUGGUCAGGAUUUUUGGAUCAAGUUAGUGAUCUGAAAACGAAAAUCACCUGGUUAGAAAACGAGUUCGCAGCUUUGUCGGUGUUUGAAAGCACCAUGGCAGAUAAGCGAGCUCAGUUGGAUAGAAUUAAAGAUACGGAGGAAAAAAUCCGAAUUGAACGGAUCGAAAUUGAGCCCCUGCGUCAAAGGGCGGCGGAUAUGAGUUCCGGUCAGAAAACUCAAGCAGCUUCCGCUGCCAACCAGGCGCUAGGAAAAUUCGAUUACAUUGCCGAGCGUGUUAGUAAAUUACUUACCGAUCGGGAGGAUCAAUACCGGGAUCAUCGCGUGUACAAGGAAGCGUACGAUGAUCUUUCCAGUUGGGUUAACCGGGCUCGGGAAAAAAUACCCUGCGCCAAGCAACAGUCCUUAAGCGAUAAGCUGACGAUUGACAACGCGAUAGCUCCACUUGAUUCGCUCCUGAAUAAAAAGGCUCAAGGUGAAUUGUUGGUGGAGCAUUUGGUUCACACCGGUGAGGUGGUUAUGGCUUCAACUUCUCCAGCAGGCAGAGAACUAAUCAACGCGGAUAUCGUUGAGCUGAAGCAAAGCUUCGAAAAACUUUUCCAGGAGAUUGAAAGCCAAAAACGGAACUUCGAAAAAACUAACUCGUUACUUCGUGAGUACAAGGAUGAGUAUGAGCGUCUAUCCGAGUGGCUUCAACAAAUUGAUAUUAUCGUAAAAAAUAAUAAAUUAGCUAUGUCCUCCAACAUACAAGACAAAGGUAAACAAGUGAAAGAUAUGCAAGAUAUAAUGGCUAAAUUGGACGCUGGUCGUGCUGACCUCGAAAAGUUCAAUUCGUUUGCAGCUCCACUUCUGCAAUCCCAUUUGGACUCCUACAUCAGUAACCAGCUGAGGCAUCUCAACUCUCGCUACCAAGUGCAGGUCAACAUCACCAAAGAUGUACUGAAGAAAGUGGAAUCAAAUUAUGACCUACACAAGGAAUAUGAUAAAAACAUAUCGGAAGCCAAUCGUUGGAUAGAAAAUGCGAAAGAAAUAGUUCGCUGUUGUACGGAGCAUACGGAACACGUCAGUAAAGAAAAUCUCGAAAAACGGUUGGUCAAAAUCAUCGAACUCAUGCAGAGUCGCGAGCGGGGACAGGCUCUUGUAAACAACUCCAUAAACUUAGGAGAAAAAGUUCUGAAAUCGACAAAGUCGGAUGGAAAGGAAGUGAUCAAUAACGAAAUGAAAGAAGUGCAAAAUAGUUGGGAUCGUAUUGUGAAGAAAAUGUCAACCGCUAAGGUUCAUUUGGAGACUAGUUUGCUACAAUGGGCAGAUUAUAACUCGAGCUACAAUCAUUUGCAGCAAUGGAUACAGGACCGGGAGUCGAAAUUACAGCGAGUCUCCGAACACAAAACGGUUCGUUUUAAGGCUGGUACUCCAACUAGUAUCAGUACAGGAUUGAACGAAAGAAGAGCAACCUUGCGCCAAGCUAACGACAUCGUUCAGGACAUUGUAUCCUUCGAGCCGAUGAUCCAUUCCGUGGCCAGUAAAGCAUCCGAUUUACAUCAAACAUCCCCCGCUUCGGAGAUAUCGAAAAAAUACGAAAAUCUCAGCACCCAAGCCAAAGAACUGUUUGCCAAGCAGAAAGAAACUGUCGAAAUGCAUCAAGCCUUUAUCGAUAGCAGCAACGAAUUUGCCGCCUGGAUUCGCCACGCAAAGGAAAGCUUGAAUAAAUGUUCCGAUCCUAGAGGGGACCGAGAUUCCCUCGUAUCGAAGAUGACUCAGUUGAAAAUCCUCGACAAGGAUGUAGAUAUUGGUCAAAAGAAGCUCGAGAAGGCCCUGGAGCAGGCAGACAUAGCAUGUCGAAACGUUCAUCCCGAUGAAUGUGAAGCCAUCGAAAAAGAGGUGGCUUUACUCCAGGAAGAAUUCGACAAUUAUUCGGUAGCUCUGAGAAAAAUCAGCGCUGCUUUAGAGAAUGGAAUUGUCCGCUGGAAAGAGUACGACAACCAAUACACAGCCGCUCUAAAUUGGUUGGAUAAACUAGAGCAGGAUGUUCAAGCUUACAAUAAAAUGCAAAACUCUCUAGAGCAGAAGAAAGUUGUUCUGGAAGAAUUCCAGGAGAAGCUGCAAACUCUUUUCGAUUGGCAGCGGGAGUUAGAUAACCUAAACAUCAAAGCGCAGGUUCUUCUGGAUAUUUGCGCCGAUACUCGAGUCAGCAACGGAAUAACGCAGCUCACCACCAAAUAUAAUGUGUUAUUAUCAAUAGCGAAAGAAAUUAUGCGCCGCUUGGAAUUACACUACCAAGAGCAUCAACAACACAAUACCUUAUUCGGCGAAUGCCAAGAUUGGUUAGAUCGUAUACACGAGAAGUUAAAUGAAUGUAACGCAACACCGCAAACAAUACUGGAAACUCAGUCAAAACUGAACAUUAUAAAGGGCAUCCGUCAAAGUCUCGAACAGGGUCAAAACAAGCUGCGAUACUUAUUUGAACUCAAGGAAAAAAUCAUCAUAAGCACCGAAGCGAAUGGGGCCACAAAAAUAGCGGAGGACACUGAUGGACUGAAAGUAGACUACGAAUCCCUGAUGUCAGAGGUGAAUGAGGUCAGACAAAGAUUACUAACUCAUUUGGCAAACCUUGAAGAUGUUUCUAAGUUGUUGAAAGUUCUCAGCGAGUGGGUUGAAGAAGUAAACAAGAAAAUAGACGACGUACCAGCAUUGAAUGAGUUUUCAGACAAACGAGUGAUUCUGGAAAAAUUCAGAACCUUCCAGCGUGAAACUACAAGCUAUAAUGACAUCAGGGACAAAAUCCAAACUAAAAUGAGUGAGAACCCUGUUUUAGCGAACGAAAACAAUCAUAAAAUUCUCAACGAGUAUGAAGCAUUAGUAACUAAAAUAGGCGAAGAAAUUAAACGUCUAGAAAACCAAGUCAACAAUUACGAAAGAUUCAGACAGGGGCUACAAGAACUGUACGUUUGGAUGAAGCAUACCCGACAAAACAUCGAAAAGCUCUCCGAUUAUCAUGGCGACCGUGACCACAUCGUGGAAAAGCUGACCAAAGUUAAAAACAUUGAGAUGUCACUGUCGGAAGGAAAAGUGUUGCUAGAAAAUGCCAACGAAAUUGGCAACAAUCUGUUGACGAUUAUUGACCAAGACGGACAUGACGCUGUGAAGCGUGAAAUUUCGCAAGCUAUUUCCGACUGGGAAGAAAUAGAGAACCUCUCCGAUACCAUAUGCAAAGGCUUGAAUGAUGUGCUAGCUUCUUGGGAGAGUUUCUACGACAAGUCAAACUGCCUAAGUUUAUUCAUUUCGGAAUAUAAAGCAAAAGUGGCUGCGCUGGACGAUCCGGAUAAUAACAUGAAAAGUCUUAAGUAUAUUUUGGAAAUAAUAUUGACCAAGAAAUCUUCUGUCGAAGAACUAAAUGACGUCUGCGAAGCGUUGAUGGAGAAAAGUGCAUGUCCUACGGUACGAGAUCAAACUGUUGAUCUUCAAAAAAGUUACUCGUCACUCCUCUCAAACCUGCAAGGACUCAUAGCCAAGCAGGAGAAAAACGUCGCAAGUCACACCGAAUAUCUAUACUACAAAGAAGAGCUGCUGAAAUGGAUUGAAGACGCAAACCAAGCAAUUACUGCUUCGCAGGAGAAAACGUCCGACGAUUUACGAGACACGAAACGAAAAAUAACCGACAUGCAAAAUCUGUCCAAUUCCAUCCCUCAGGGAACGAAACUUUUCGAAAUGCUACAAGAUUCGUUCACCAAAUCAUCGUAUUUACACUCGGAGGAGAAACAAACCGAUAUGUUUCACGACAUUACAGAGCUACGAGAUUCACUUGAUGCGAUUAUUCUAAAAAUUAACACCACUCUUAACGAUCUAAACGUCCGAUGUAAUCGAUUGGAGCUGUAUGAGGAGCUCAAAAAGCGAAUUUUAGAUUGGUUGAAUGUCACCGAAGGUGUUUUCAAAACAAUGCCUGAAACACGUGGGGAAAUGAGUGAUGUGAGAACAGUGUUGGAACGAAUUAAGCACAUUCACUAUGAACUUUCGUUCAAACAAGCCGAUAUAGAUACUAUCAAUUUGGAGGCAAGUAAUCUUUUCGAUGCCACAAGAAGCUCGAUUGAAAUUGACAGUGUGAAUAAUCUUUCUCAAAGAAGUGCAAAAUUAAACGAACAGUGUUGUUACUUCAUUAAAUCUCUGCAAGCAGAGUUGGAAGAUCAAAUGAAUUACUAUCAAAGCUUGCAGGAAGUCGAAAAAUGGUUGCUUCAAAUUUCCUUCCAGCUUAUGGCACAUAACUCUUUAUACAUCCACAACCGAGAGCAAACUCUCGAACAAAUUACUCAACAUGAGAAGCUCCUCGCCGAAAUUCAGAGCUAUCAAACCAACAUUGACGACAUCAACGUUAAGGGACAAGCGCAAAUUGAUCGGUACGUAUUGUCGGCACCGGAAAUUAAAGUCAGAAUUGAGAAUCAGAUGAAAAACAUUCGCGAUAGCUACAACUCGCUGUUAAACACAUCUGUGCAAAUCAAAAAUCGGCUGCAUGAUUCGUUAAAUAAGUUCCAAGAAUACGAAGAUACUUUGGAUGACAUAAUUAAAAAUUUGGAUGAAAUGGAACCGGAAAUGGAGAAUGAAAAGGCAGUCGUAAUAACUGACUUUAAGACGGGAAAAGCAAUGCUAGAAAAAUCACAAGAGUAUCAGCGUAAACUGCAUCUGGAGAAGAGUCGAUUAUUCCACGCGAUUCAAGCAUGUGAAGCAGCUACCGCGAGUAUAAGCCGGCCAAGUUCACCAGUGGAGAUGUCUCAUCAGGUCAUUCCUGAAAAGGAACUGUUGGUGCGGGCACGCCUGGAGGAUGUAACUGAUGAGGUUCAAACUUGGAUAGCAGAUCUAAUUGCAAUCAUCAACAAAUUCGAAGCCCAGAUGAAGGAAAAGAAUGAACUGGAACAGUGGAUUAGGAAACAUAACGUUAUCGUCAACGACUGGCGCCUAAAACCAAACAAACUUCGCACAGAAGCCGCCGAACUCGAAUUGAGACAAAUGAAAAAUUUGCAGGCUGAUAUUGCAAACAAAAUUCAACAAACACAAAACCUGGAUGUACCAUUACAGGAGGAGCUCGAACAAUUAAGCCUAAACCUAGAGCAAGCUAUCGCCGAAAAAGUUGCAAAUCAGUUCGUGAUUGACAAAUACAGAAAAUGUCACGGUGACAUACAAAAUAGACUUGAUUCCAUAAACCAGCAAAUUGAUGAUGUAGAAAAAGGUAGUGGUUUCAAUUGCAAACAAAAAUUGGAAAAACUAAUGAACAUCAAUGACUCUCUAACUGGUGAUGCUGAUGACGUUGCCAUUUUCAAAGAAAAGGCCUCACAGGUUAACAAAAUCGUGAACAAUUUAGAUGGUCAACAAAUAGCUGAACAAGUUAAAAUAAUCGAGCGCAAACAUAACGAAAUUCGGAAGAAGUUGUCUCGAAAGUUGGAUGCCUUGAAUGCUACCAAUAAAACGUACGCUACAAUAUCCUCUGAUAUGAUGGAUAUUGAAAAUUGGCUGACUGAAAAAUCGAAACUUCUUAACACACCUUGUAUACUGGGGGCUGAUGUGAAAUCUGCUGAAACUCAACAGGAAGUAUUAAAAAAACUACUGAAAGAAACAGAGGGAAAGCACGUUCUUUUGGAUGUUCUUGGUAAAAGAUAUUUGAGUGUGCAGGCUAAUUUAGAACCAGAGGAAAAACUAGCGGUGGAGAAGAAUAUGCAAGGAUUGAGUCAAAAGUUUAACCACUUAUUAGCUGAUAUCCGUAAAGAAAUCGAGAAAAAUGUUGAAGAAGUGCUAUGCCGUAGAAACAUGGCGAAUAAUUUCGAAAUGAUUCGAACGUGGAUCAGAACUAAGCAACAGGAUAUUGAUAAAAUCUCCGACCGAGUUCCACUUUUAGCAUCGAAUGUACAGUCGGAAAUAAAGCUAUGCCAACGCCAUGAGAAUACGAUUAAAGAGUUUGAAGACAAUGCAUUCAAGGAUUUGCUUCGUCAAGCAAGGGAAAUUACGAAAGAUUGUACAGAUGAGGGGCGUCAGAAAUUGUCAGGGGAUCUUGAAGAGAUUAAAAGUAAAUUGGAAACCCUGUUUGAAACUUGUGCCUGUAAAAUUGCUUAUAUGCAACAGGAACUUCAGAAACGAUGUGAAUUCGAAAAACGAAAAGAACAGUUUCUGAAUUGGCUUAGUAAAGCCGAAUCCAUCGUUUCGUUAGAUAUCAAUACUAAUGGCAUAACAGUGCUUAAGGAACAAAAGCUCGUCAUUGCUGAUAUGUGUGAACAAUGUGCAGCUAUGAAGCAGUCACUGAAAGAGCUUGAGGCAUAUAAAGCUUCAAUAGUGCCCACAUUAUCUCAAACAGAUGAAAAUAACGUUGAAAGUCAAAUGAAGAUCAUCAAUGAGAAAUGGAAUGCUAUAAAUAAUGCGUUAAAUAUUAAACACAAGAAGCUUUCCGAUCACAUUGAAGAGUAUCAACUUGCUCUGGAUAAAGUAAAUAGUUGUUCGGAAUUUCUUACCCAAGUUCAGAAGAAUAUUCGGGAUCUUAAUAAACCAAUAGCGAGUAAAAUUGAUAACAUACAGGAUAUUUUGCUGUCUUAUGAGUCAAUUUUGAGUAGUCUGAAAGAUAGACGACUAGAAUUAAGUACAAUAUUACUCGCCAACAUACCACAACUGAAGGAAAAUAAAACAAAGAUAGAAGAGAUGAUUAAUACUAUAGAGGAGCAGCUGAGACGACUUAAAACAAUGCUGAAUAUGAGAGACCAGUUUCUUGGAGCAAUUAACGAGGUUGUUAAAUCCCUAGCUAAAAUAAACACCGAUUUUAAUGAACUGGAUACUCUUUCUAACAAUACCGAAGAACGGUUGAGCCGUCAUGCCGAAAUUUUGCAUCAGAUAAAUCUCUGUGCAACCCGACUGGCAACAGCAACCGAUAAAGGACACGCUAUCGCACGUGAAGGAACCGAUUUUGAUCGCCAGAACAUCAUGGAUCAGUUACACUCUUUGCAGCAGCAGUUGGAUUCAAUUCGCAAAACUGUUGAAGCUGCACAAGAGAAAUACAAAAAACAACAUCAAUUCCUGCAAGCAACUAAUAAGGAGUUGACUAUAUUACUUGAUUGGUUCCAGCAAAAUAAUGAUCUUAUAAAAUCUCGUCCAUUGUAUAGUGAAGACGUCAAUAUAUCCGCCGGAUAUGUGGCCAAUAACGAGAAACUCGGCAUCCAAGCUCGCAAUAACUUGAAUCAAACUGAUGAACUGCUCAACAAAAUUAAUUCUAAAAUUUAUUUACCUGCGGAUCUACAGCAUAAAGUUGCGCACGCGCAGGAAUUCUUGAAAACUUUACCAGCAGAAUUAGCUGCUCGCGAUUCUUAUAUUCAAGAAAAUCACAAACAACGCAAAGUCUAUGCUGAGAGCAUAGGCAGGUUGAACGAUUGGUUCGAAGUGGCAGAAAAACAACUCUCACUGCCAACUACAUUUAAAACGGAAUUAGAUGAAAUCAAUUCAAGUAUCGCUGAUUUGGAAUCAUUUUUAGCGUCCGAGCAAGACAUGCGAAAUUUACUGUUUCACGAUAUUCAAGAGCAAGCCGAUCAAUUUUGGAACACACUUGAUUCGGUGGAUCAAGAGAGAUGUCUAGCGGAGCUCAAUUCUCACAAAGCUAGACUUUCGGAAAUAUCCCACCAGGGAGCGGUUAAACAAAAUGCUUUACUAAAGAACAUAGAUGACAUGCAGCGGUAUUUAACGCAACAUCAAAAAGUUGUUGAUUGUCUGAACAAAAUUAAAAUAGAUGAUGCACUGAUGGCGUUACCUACACUUCCGGCUCGGAUCGAUCACAUAAGUGAACUUUUGCAAAUAAUACAGGGCGACCGAAAACAGCUGGACGCACUAAAUGAAAUAACGAACAAAAUAAUUGCACAGCUAAACCAGUACGAUAGUAACAAAAUUCGCAAGGAUAAUGCCGAGCUCAAUCGCGUUUGGACUGAUGACACGACGCAGCUUCAGAACCAUCACGAAAAUUUGGUACAAUUACAGCACGAAUGGAUUCAGCUGGAGAGCAUUCUACAGGAGCUGGAAACUAAGUUGAACUAUUUGCUUGAGAAGAACAAAGGUUUGGACGUUGUUGUCAAGUCUAAAGUGGACAUGUUGGCGAAAAUACAAGCUUUGGAGAAUCUGCUUGAAGAUAAAACUGUUCUCGAAGAGUUAAAUAAGAAAGCGAAUUCGUUGGCUAAAACGUUGAUAGUUGCUCUACGUGAACAGCAAUUAUCCCCACACUCAUUGGAACAAAAAUUGAAUCAUUUGAAUCAAGUUGAUACUGAAUUAACGGAUGACUUGAGUACAAAGCGAUUAUUGCUGCAAAAUAAAUUACAGGAAAUACAACAUUUCUCGAAUCAAAUCUCUACUUUGUACACAGCAACCAACCAAUUACUAGAAGAACUCCAAAAAAUAAAUACAUUUGAUGAAAAACUGUACAAAACUGAAUCAACUUUAAAGCAAAUCAAAGCCAAAGCGGAAAAUCUCUCGAGGAAAAAAGAAGAACUUCACAAACAGAUUCACGCCAAAUAUUCAACGGCUCAACAAUUUGUCCCGGAAGAUCUAACCAGUGAAUUGAAUGCAUUGGAAAAUUUGUUGAAAAACAUUUGCUCAGAUUUGGAAAAAUGCGAGCGUAGUUUCAAGCGAGCGAAAAUUGUGCGCACUGACUACUUCGAACUGUAUGAUAAAGUUAAGACUUGGAUCGAGAAUGCGGAAAUAACCAUCAGCAAUCAUAACAUUGAUCCCAGUGAGAUGAAGGCAAAAUUGUUGACUUUAACUAGCAGCUGUGAUGAAAUUCGGUUGCUGUUCGAUAAACUUGUUUCCAAUGGCAAAGAAAUAAUCGAAAACAGUUCGAAUAGCAAUGAUAAGCUCACGGUUCAGAUAAAUAUCGAUCAGAUAUCGCAAGAACUUGAUAAAACAAUUCUGUUGAUUCAAGAGAAAAAUAAAACGAUUGAUCAUAUUCUUGGAAAUUGGGCUGAGUUUAUGCGUUUGUAUCAAUUGGUACUAGGAUGGGCAUCACGUACUCGUGAAUUGUUGGAACGGAAACUGCAACUUAAUUCCAUUCAUGAAGCUCAUACGGUCUGUCAGUAUUAUUCGAAUGCGGUCUCGACCUUAGGUGAUGUAUCACAGCAUUUAAGCGAAAUGAAUCGAGAAUUCGAUACAAUUAACGACGUGUGUUCGACGGCUUUCCUGAAACGCAAGUUGCACGAAGCCGAAACAGUGAAAGUCGAUAGCGAAACUACAUUACUCGAAAGGAACUUAUUCCUGCAAGAAACAAAAGAAGAGUGGCAACAGUGUGUAGAUAAAAUUGAAAGCGUAAAGGGAUGGAUUAAGGAAUCAUAUGACUUAUUAGGAUCCUCUGAGCUAAGAAGUAAGCCGUUGCGAGACCAAAUGCGUAUACUCGAACAAAUGCUCGCAGAUAUUUCAGCUCAGAAAAUUAAAGUUAAUAUGUCACUGGAGAAACUUCAGGUUCAUUUUCAUUCGGAAAUCGUAUGCACUGAUAACUCGAACAUAAUGCAAUGUGGACGGUCCAUAAUUGGGGAUCUUGAAAAAUUGAAUCAUACCGUAUAUCAAACAACUCAGAGCCUGGAAAACACACUGUCCCAGAUUGAAGACUGUCAGCAAGAGCUGCUAUCAAUACGGCAGAGUAUUGUACAAGAAGAGCAGCAGCUUCGAAAUAUUUUGUCACCGUUGCACCAAUCCGACGAGAGUGAUAAACUGGAACAGGGCCCGUUGUUAAUCCGGAACCAUAUUUCGAAUGCGGUAAAUGAUACAAGGCAUCCUGAAGUUGAGCAGAAAGUCUGUAAGAAUUCCAAAACAGUACCAUCGAGUGCCAAUAGUCCUGCAAACGCAAAAGCAAGUGUAAACUCGAAUUCUACUUCGACUACAGUUUGGAAUUCAUCAGGGUUAACUUAUGCAGAAGUUGUAACUGGUUUACGCCAACCAAAAACUGAAACGCGUAUAAACAAAAAAACUGAUAACACAAAUAUCAAAGCAUCGACAAAAGAGAAAACAUGUUCUGCUGUUGUGAAUAAAACUAACAUUCCACAAGUGGCAAAUACGGCAAAAACCAAUGCAAAAACACGUCAUUCUAAUGCAAUUUCAAGCAAAGUUAAAAAUAUUGAAAACAAAAAUGGUAAUGUAAAUUUGUUGAUCACUCGCCCAAGCAGCAACGAAGACGCACAGAAGAACAGUUGCAUUAUAACGUAUGCAGCAGUGCUGAAAAGUUCUAGUACCAACGAUGCAAACAGUCGAGGCGAAUCAAAAUCUUCUACUUCGCGAUUAUAUCAAUCAAACGAAAAUAAAUCCGAAAAAAAUAAAGACACAAAAUCAGCGCAGAGUGCAAUAAAUUCAAACAAAGAAAAAAAUACGAUAAACAAUCAGAAUAAAUCCAAUACUAUGAAUGACCAAUCGAAAAACCAAACUACCCAACGUGAAGCAGUUUUAGAACUCGUUAAAAUUGUGAACCCAAGUCAGAUUAGUAUUCCAGACAAUGGCAAACGAAAGAAACAAAAAAAUAAAUCAAAGAAAGCUACUAAUAAAAUGGCCGUCCUAGUGGCGGUUGAUGAUGAUGUUUCUGCUCCAAACAGACCUCCCCAUCACAGUUCAACUGAAACUGACGCGAAAGUAAGGCAAGAUAAGAACUUGAAAGCUUCCCUGGACGAUAGUAAGUUAAGUUCAAGACCAUGUGCUGAUAUCGAAACACCGUCUGUGUUGCAUGAAAAAGUGUCACAGAAAAACUACAACUUGAACUCAAACAAGACUUGCAAUACCGCAGAAACUUCUUCAGAGCCAAAAAAGAAACUAACAAAAUAUCAGCUCAGAAAGAUGAAAAAAUUAAAUUCUUUGGAAAAUAGAGAGAAUCACUACGAGAAGGAACUAAAUCCAAACCCGGAAGAACUUACGGAAUCUACUACAUAUGUAAUGAAUGAAGCGAAUGCAAGUUCGGUAUGUGGUUCCAAAUUAGAAAUAAAAUCGCCUGAUAAGAAUCAUGCACAAGUAAAAGCAAACAUUUCCGCUGAUUAUGAAUUCGAAAGUAACCUCAAACUCGAGGAUCAUGACUCUGUUCCUUCAUCGCAAAACAGAAAAACUGAGCGGGAAAUAAAUUCUGUGGACAAAGUUGACCUAAUAACUAUUCCUUCGAAUAAUAGCUGUGAUCAACUGGAUGCUCACGAUAGGCUCGACAAACAUGAGGAAAAUUAUUCUACCUCGGGGCAGGAAUGCUCUAGUCAACAAAAUUAUCUCACGGCAAAUGAUAUAAACGAAUCAAAGGCGUUCGUAGUCAAUAAUUGUUCGAAAAUUUCUAUGAUCACACACGUACAAUACCUUUUGAAUCCAAUCGUUCACAUAAAAUUAGAACUUCCGAAAAUUGAUUUCCAAAGACAUGAUCGCAGAAAUGAACUUUUACCAAUCGAGAUGCAAUCUUUUACCAAAAGUCUGGACGAGCAGCAGGACACUGUUAACAAUAAUCUAUCAAAAAGAAAAAAGAGGAGAAAAAUAUAAUCUACCGGAAAAGACUGGAGAAUACGCGAUUUCAGAGACUUAUACAAGUAGUAACAGCAAAUGCAGUUAUAAUUAUAGAUGUUUUAUAAAAUGUUGCCAUUAUUCAAACAAUUAUUUCAUCAAUUACAUUAGAAAACCAUUAUAAUUCAAGGUUUUAGCGAAGACAACAAGUGUUAUAUCUGUAAUAAAUAGUACAUUAAAUAUUUCAUCGUUUACUAAUAUGGAUGAUCAUUAUGAAAAGAAUAUUCGUACUAAUAUGCACAGCAUUUUAGGGAAAAAAUGUCAGAGAAAAUCACACAGCAACGAUCAAGGAGGUUGACGUUCUCUAGGUUUAACUAGGGUAAAUUAACCUAUAGUGGACCUAUUUCUAAUAGUGGACUACUUGUCGGAUUAACUUUAAUCAUUCGUAAAAUCGAAGGAUAUUCAGAAAUCUGCCAUCGAGAAACAUAUUUUCCAGACAAUUUCCAUCAGAGCCACGAGAAUUAUUCAUAGGAUAAAUUAUCCACUGUAGGUUAAUUUGACUUAUAAAUUAUGAUUUAUGUUAUGUAAGAUAAAUCGAGUUAAUCUGACGAGUGGUCCACUAUAGGGAAGAAGUCCACUAUAGGUUAAUUUACCCUAUAAAUGUUUCUCAUGACUCUGAUGCAGAUUGGCUAGAUAAGAUGUUUUCGAUGGAAGUUUUCUGAAAAUUCCUCGAGUUUUCACAUAUAUAAGUUUAUCCGGCGAGUAGGGAUCCACUAUAGGUUAACUUACCCUAUAAAUUCCGAUUUAACGCUUAGAAAAAUGGUGAUAAACUGACGAGUGGUCACUAUAGGAAAUGGUUCCCCCAUAGGUUAAUCUACCUUUUAUCAAGGGAAUGAAUGGCUUUACACCUGAGUGGUCUACUGAAGGAAAAUGGGCCCUUCCCGACAGUUUUACCCUAAACCGCCUGUGGUCUCGAACAAUGUAUGGGUGACUAUAUCAAUAACCAAAGCUGCGAUGAUCAUUGUAAGAGAAACGAUAGACUCUAGUGUAAAUAUUAUCUUCUGCUGUUGUGUCAAUCAGCGACUAAAGUGAGCUAAAAGGGAAAAGUUAUGAAAGGAGAUUUCCUGGAAAGGGACUCUCCUCAGAAUUGAAAAGCGAAGCGGACUCAUUCGAACAAAUAUUAAUACUAAUAUAGUCUUGUGUUUUCGACGAUUUAUUAUUUAUUUUUAAGGAUAUUAAAAUAAACUGUAAAUCAUCUAGAAACAAAAAAAAAAAUAUAUCGGUAAUCUGAAUUUGUAUGAGUGAAUGUGCGUUCAUAUGCGUGAGUACGUUUGUUUGGUGGCGUGAAUACAUGUUUGCAUGAUUGUGUAUAUUUUUAUGUGUGUAUGUUUAAUUGUUUAAAACUUUAUGUGCGAAGUCGUUUUAACAAAUAUUAGGUGUGCAACUAAGUUCUCGUUGUUUACAAUUUUAUGUUUAAGAAAAAGUUACGUAUAAAUCAUUCAAAGUAUUGCCUAUCCCUAGCAACAGCUUUGUCCAACUUUCUGGCAAAGUUCAAAUAACGUUACGAAUCAAGCUAUUUUUUGAUAUCUUCAUAUGAGCGAAACAACACAGCGGAACAAGUAAUAUUCGGACAGCACAAUAUCUGAGAAAUAUAGCGGGUGAGGUAGGAUUUCCCAUUUGAGUGUGUCUAUGCAAGUUUUAACGACGUUUGUAGUAUGAGACCGUGUGGUGUCAUGCAGUAAAAUAACUUUUUCGUACCUUUGCUCGUAUUGUGGUCGUUUUUCGCGUAGUGCUCUGCUGAAUCGCAUCAGUUCAAGUCAAUAUCGUUCCCCAGUGAUGGUUUCGUGCAAUUUGAGCUGUUGAAAAUAAUACCGACCUAGUUCCACCAAAUACACAGCAUAACCUUUGAGCGUAUAUAUUCGGCCGAGUCGACGACCCUUACUAAGACGCAGAGAAUCUUGAGUAAGAAUCCCCAGGAUACCGAUUAACACGGUGACGGCAUCGUGAAAGGAAUCGCAAACACGAUCCGGAGGAUUCCCACUCAUGAUUGUUAUUCAAGAACCCUAGAGCCAUAAACAGGGCUUUCCUGAGGAUUCUUUUCUCAGGAAUCCUUUUCAAGGACGCUCACGAAUCCAACGUGAGGAAUCCUAGAGAAUCUAUGCGAAUCGUGUGUGUUCGUCCAGGGACGCAGAAGUGUGACAAGAUAAUCCCUAUACGUUUCUUUUCUUUGAGUUGCUGUAAUGAUUCCAUUUUAUAUCGUCCGUCUAGACGCGAUAAUGAAAACUCUUCUUUUACAUGUGAAAAAAUGACGCACCACAUCCCUUGGCUUCAAACCGUAAUAAAGCCAAUCUCAUUGUUUUUGGAUCAUUCCCAAUGCAUGCAAUCAAUUAAGAAUGGCUUGGCGGUUAAUUACUUAUACCAAAGCAAGCUGUUCUUGCGUUUGACAUGGAUCCUCAUCGAGCAAUACCUACAAAUCAGCGUCUUUGAAGAUGUUUGACCUUUUUUCGAACGGACAACAACGGUCGUCAACAUCGUAAUUACCGUCUAUGGAGCGACGGAACCAAUUGAAAACCAAUUCACGAAAACUAUUUUUAACUCUCGAUGCACUUCAGCCGCCGUUUAUUUGGAAUGAAAUGAGAAAAGUAACACUUCCCCCAAAUGACGGUUAUUUGAUACAAAAUCAAAACACCUGAAAGUAUAUAACGCACAAUAAAAUCACUAACGUCUCCAAGCGGUUUGCUUAUCAUAUGGUUCAGCUUGGUGUAGAUAAGCCUAAAAAGACUGCUGGCACCAUCUAUUGACAAAUAGCGAGAACUUAGUUGCGCACUUUUUAACAUAUUUCGUAUGGGAAAGGCCAGAUCACACCGCUGAGCGAAUGAGUUCGUAUUUUUGAGAUAUUCUAGACGAGAUGGAAAAGAAUCAAAAAAUUCAAUUGUUUGAUAACAAAAAAUCGUUUUCUAAUAAUGUUCCCUUGAGAUAAUUUAUUUUGAAACAUAAAAAUUUUUCAUUCCUUCCGAAAACAUGGAACAUAUUUUAGAGACAAGAAAUGAUGUCUAUUUUUUCUCUAUAGAAUAUAAAUGCCUUUUAAUUGAUAUUGCACGUGUCAUCGCUAGGUCUGGUUUCACACUAAUUUAAACGCUUUCCACAGCUUGUAGAGUAGGGUGGCCGCGAAAAGGGUCAAAUUUCAAAAACCUAUCUUGUACAUUUUGUUUAUUAGCUCAAAAAAAUGACCUGUGCAAAAUUUCAGUUCAAUUGAAUAUGAUUUUGGGGUGCCUCAAAGCGCUCAAAGUUGUGAUUUUUUUACCAUCGGGAAUCUACCAAAAAUCGAUUUUGACGUAGGACUACGUCUUACCGCACUAUAUCGGGAUACAUUCUGCGGAAACUAAAACCGUCGGAAUGGAAAAUUUCAAACGGUAAUACUGAUGUAACCACAUGAUAGAUCACAACAGUCAAUAUGUCGUUGAACUGAUAAAAUGAUGGACAUUUUUUGAUACUUUAGUUAUCAUUAUCACUCAAUCGCUUAACAAUGAAAAUUGAAUAAAAGUUUCAAAGUCGGAUUUUCACGAAUAAUAUACAGGUCAUAUGCAAGCACACCUAGCACAGACUUCAUGAGUAGACACCAACUGCUUGCUGCGAUAUCUUCUAUAUCAGCGGCAAAAAAAAUUUGACAGAAUCUCCCAAAAGGUCAACUAAUGUUUGCUUCCCUGAGCUUAGACUAUUUUGAUGUCUUGAAGGUGAAGCUUUCUCUGAGAGUUCGUAUCCUUUAUCAGACAGUUUAACGAUUUGCUGUUAGAAUAAUAUUGAAACUGAUGUCUUGAAGGAAAACAUGCCGGCACAGGUAACAGUACUGCACCGAGCCAUGUAGGGGAAAGUAGGUAAAGACGGACACUGAGGGUAAGAUGGACACUUAUAAUAUUUCACAAACUAGAAUGUAUUAUGAUAGUUGAGUGAUGCGAAUACCUUCUUUAUAGUGUGUUAAUGCUUUUGAGUUGCAUUAUCGGUUUUCAGCAAGCAAACUGUCAAAUUUGUAAGUAAAACAAAGAAUAUUUUCGUGAACGCGCAAUUUGAUGAAAUUUUUAUUCCACGGAAAAUAGUGAAAAACUCGUGAAACUUACGUGUUUUCAUUUGUUCACAAUAGUAAAGUGAUUAAUUAGUCUUUUCUCGGUGUUCUAGUGAAAAUCCAGCAGAUUUUCGAUGUUCCGAUGAAGAGCUACGAUCGUUUGAAAAAUUUACAACCAGGUCGGGCAAGACGGACACACUAAGGUAGGGAAAGAUGGACACACGGAUUUUCCAAGAAUUUUCACAUGUAGCAUCUGUUGUGUAAUACAGAUGUCCACAAAGUACACCCGCGAUAGAAACCAGCAGAUAUUAAUCAUUUAGCAGUUAGCCAUAUAGGCGGAGAACUUUCGCCUUCAUCGAAACCCAUCCUCUUAAACUGUUCACGUGAUGUAUAGAUGGACUCUAAUAAAUCAAAAGAAUACUAAACGUACUACAUCUUUUUUGUGAGUGUCCACCUUUUCCUUCGUAAUGUCCAUCUUACCCACCCCAAGUGUCCGUCUUUCCCAACCAUGUCAAAAAACAGCAAUUUGUAGUCUUAUUUUUGAAGACCCAAAACACAUAAAACUUGGAGGAAGUUCACUAAUACCAAAAAUGAUUAUGAAAACAAAUGACCUUAAGUUUCAAUUUGUAUGACUACCUAAGUAAUUAUUCAGAUUAAACCUUAGGGUGUCCGUCUAUAUCUACUUUCCCCUAUGAAUAGAACGCUUUUCACUCGUCGUCUAUCAGUACAUUAGAACUCGAUAUUUAUUUGUGUGCAGCCAAACCAAGUGAAGACUUCAUUGCCGCUGUCGAAGCAAGAUUUUUUCAUGAUUUUUUUUUUUGCUUUUAAGAUGUCCUAUGACGACUUUAACAGAAGAUUUGGCCAUUAUUGAACUAGUUUUAGUUCCUAGUCGUUAGAGGUCUCGCUUGAUGAAUUUAAGCUCAAUAAUUUGGGAGUAACCGGAGCCCAACGGGGACAGGUCCGCAUGUGGCCUAAGACGACCUAGAUACUUGAUCUGACCACCCGAGUGAUUAGAGACAUAGUACGGUUUUUAGUACUGAGAAUCAAAAUACCUUUCUGUAGGAGGAUUAAAUUGGUAAAAAAAAAAACAAAUAAUUUAAAAAAUAUGAUUAAACAUAAUCGUUUUUGGCACAUGUGCGCCAAAAUCAAACCGUGCAAAAGUGAAACGUGCUUUAAUCAAAUAUAGCAUGUAGUCUCAAAAUGAAAUAUAAAACUAUCGUAGUCCUACGCCAACUUUGCGGUCGUGUCUUGUAUACCACCCUCCUACUUUUUUUUAUGCCAAACUUCGUUAGUCAAUAAAACGUCAAAAACAACAAAUUUUAUUUUAAUUAUUCAAAAAUGAUUUCAUUCCGAUCUAUAACAAUAAAUUGCAUUGUAAUUAUUUUAUCGACCAGUCUCGGGCAACGAUUUCGCCGAUAUCCGAAACACCAGAAAACGAUAGUUUUAAGUUCUUUUUAUGUUUAGUGAGAAUGAUAACUGUGUCCUGUCUCGCGUUGCAUUUGUGGAGUGUUAUCGGGGUUCUUACGUUGACACAAACCUGUGGUACUGAUGUAUUCUUGAUUUCAUUUUCCAAGAAAAAAAAAAGAUUCAUAGCGACGACUUUCAAUUUCCAGAAAAUUAGAUACAAUAGAAAAUAACGAAUUCCUCAAAGAAAGCCUUGAGGGACACUGAAAAUGAAUAAUUUUGUUUUGACUUGAGGAAUAAUUUUCCGUUAAUGAUUGGAUCAAAAUAGCGUUGAGAAUAUAUAAGAUAGUGGCACGUACGCCGACACUGAGCACGUAGGCUCUAGGAAAAUAAUCUUAUGUCAUGUUCGAAAAAACCAAAAUAAAGAAUCAUUUAGACAGCCUCCUCAGCUGGCAUCGCACCUCAAGCUGGCCCAACAAGCCAGUCGUCGUAGGUUCGAGUCUUGACUGUUAGUGUCAGUAGGAUCGUAGCGCUAGCCCGCAAUUGUCCUGUACACUUAACAGUUGGCUGCGAAGUCUGUGUAUAGUAAAGAGAAGGUCAAGUUCCGAAUCGAAAUGUAGCACCAAGGCUUUGCAUUACAUAGUGGAGUGGAGAGGUUUAGUUAAAUCCAGGAACUUUUGAAGUGAGGUAAAUUUUAACCUUACCAAUCAGUCAAUUCGUGUAAAAGGUUAAUGCGAGGCCCUUACUAUUUGGUUUCUUUUAUGGUUGAAAAGUUUUUCCAUUGGGACUUCAAAGUUGCGUUCAUCUGCGUUGCAUAUCAUGAUCCAUAGCUCAAAAAAAAUAUAUAUUCGUGGAAUUCGAACCCGCCCUGAACCAAUAAUUUUAUUUUUGGAUUUGGCUUCUUGAAGCUUGCAAUCUCGAAAAUUAUUAAAAAAUUACUGAUUCGUACAGUUGCAUGGUAGAAGACAACAUCAUCUUAUUAGGGAACAUGCAUAAAUGACGUAACAUUCGAGAGAAG